AUGCGUCGAGCGGGUGCUCUACUCGUUGGCACACAUGAUUUUAGGAACUUUUGCCAGGUAGAUAUGAAUGAAAAGCGUGUCAAAAUGUCUUUCGUUAGGGAACUGUUUGAAGUUAGUAUAGAACCUGUUAGCAGUUUCUCAACGAAUUCGAUAUCUCGUAAUGAUUUGAUAGAGUUGACUAUCAAAGGAAGCGGCUUUUUGUGGCACAUGAUACGCUUUAUUGUGACGGUACUCCAUGAAAUCGGACUAGGAAACGAGCAGCCGGAGCUUAUACUGGAACUACUCGAUGUUGAAAAAACUCCGUGUCGCCCGCACUAUAAUUUGGCUGCUGCAACUCCUCUAUGCCUCUAUGAGUGCAGGUUCGAUUCAUCAAAUCUUGAAUGGAUUCAUGACGACUACUCUUUGAAAAGGACUGUAGCUCAUCUCCAAUCAGAUUGGGCAGAUUUGCAGACGAAAGCAAGGCUCAUAGAAAAUAUGGUUAACGCGUUGACGGAGGCACCGCUUGGAGAUGGUAUUAAUUUAGAUAAAGGUCUUCUAGAGUUUACGCAGAAUGGACCAUUACCGGUGCGCUACGUGAAAUUCGCCGACAGAAAAACUUGUGACAGUAUUGAACAAAAGCGCGAGAAACUUGAGAAGAAAGCAGAAAUAGCGAAUUCUUCAGUGUAA